GGGACAGGGCGGAGCCUGGAGGGCAGGCGGAUCCCAGUGUGGGCCCAGGAGGCCCAGCCAAGUGACCCGUACGUGGCUGCCUCCUGGUCGCACCAUGAUCCAUCCCGCACCCCGGCUCUCUGUGCCCGCCGCGCUGGCCCUGGGCUCGGCCGCGCUGGGCGCCGCCUUGGCCACCGGCCUCUUCCUGGGGAGCCGGUUCCAUCCCUGGCGAUCCCGGCGAGAGAAGCGCCUGCUGCCCCCUGAAGACAGCCCCCUGUGGCAGUAUCUGCUGAGCCGCUCCAUGCGGGAGCACCCGGCGCUGCGGAGCCUGCGGCUGCUGACCCUGGAGCAGCCCCAGGGAGAUUCCAUGAUGACCCGUGAGCAGGCCCAGCUUCUGGCCAACCUGGCGCGGCUCAUCAAGGCCAAGAAGGCUCUGGACCUGGGUACUUUCACAGGCUACUCAGCCCUAGCGUUGGCCUUGGCGCUGCCCCCGGCCGGGCGCGUGGUGACCUGUGAGGUGAACCCGGGGCCCCCGGAGCUGGGGCGGCCCCUGUGGAGGCAGGCUGAGGAGGAGCACAAGAUCGACCUUCGGUUGAAGCCCGCCCUGGAGACCCUGGACGAACUCCUGGUCGCGGGCGAGGCCGGCACCUUCGACAUGGCCGUGGUGGACGCGGACAAGGAGAACUGCACCGCCUACUAUGAGCGGUGCCUGCAGCUGCUGCGCCCCGGAGGCAUCCUCGCGGUCCUCAGUAACUGUCAGCUCGACCUCACCUCUGCAGUGGAGGCUCUGCUCAGUGGACAUCACCUCUGAGAACCAGGCCACUUGACUUAAACCUGAGGACCUCAAGGUUGGAGCAUAUACCUGUCCUCCCCCUGAAGUCCUGGAGGAAGGUGAGGGCCUGGGGGGGAUCACUGGCCAGAAAGGUGUGAAGUAAACAGGCCUAGAGGGAGCAGACUAUCAGUAUGGCAGUUUUUUUAAAAAGUUCCCCACAGGAAGAUGGAUAUAGUUAGGCUUUCCCACACCAACAUCUACAAGAGGUGGUGGCCAGGGAGCCAGGUGCUUCACUUCUCUCCAUCUAGACCUCCCUAAUCCCAAUCCCACAGGAAGAUCCUAUCUCCACACCAACACAGAUGAGUAUCAGGUACAAAUAUGAAGUGUUCGACUAACUGCAUCAGCCUAGAAUACAAUUAGGUUUUGCCACCACUGGAUUAGGCCUGGGUGCUAUAAAGCUGGAGACUAUUAGAAACAAGGCCACAGGGGCCCAUAGCUGGCAACUUCCAUAAUCCUACACCUCCUGGGACAAACCUGGCAUUUUAUGCAACCCUCAGGGCCCCAGGAACCUUCUCUCUCCCGCAUGCUAAAAACGUUAAUUAGGAUGCACCUGGGUAAAUACGUCUACUUUACUCUUAAAUGUGUCUCUGACCAACUGCUAACUCACUUGUGCCACACCCCAAUCCUGAGUACUGGACGCGGUAAAAUCCAGCCACAGCUGAGGGAAGGCCACCUGUUAGCUCUGGGGCAGUGGGUCAUCCAGGGGGCUUCAGAAGUCACAGGCCUAUGACCAGUUCCUCCCCACCAGGUGGAGUUUCAGAGAUGUCUCAUCUACUUCACACCUCUCUUGAGAAUCCCAAAAGCAGACGUGCUUUCACACCUAACUUGCAGACAUCAAACAGGAAAACUGUUUGACCUAGCAAAAGAUCCUGACUCAAGCAAACUGGCUCAAAUUCCAACUGUCUGCCAUUAAAUCACGUGUGUCUUAUUCACACAGGCCAUUCUUGGCAGUCCCUUAGCACAUACAUAGAUCAGGAGGAGCCUCUUUAUCACCCCACAGUGGAAAGCUUACUUGAGCUUC